AUUCAGUCAUGUGAUCUGGAAAGCAACAGACUUUGACAUCCUCUCCUACAAAAAGACUAUGCUGCAUUUAACUGAUAUUCAGUUGCAGGACAAUAAGGUAUUUCUGUCAAUGAUCAGUCAUGUCUUGAGCGUGGAUGGCUUUUACUUCUCGACCACCUAUGACCUAACUCACACUCUGCAGCGGUUAGCAAACACCAGCCCCGAGUUCCAGGAAAUGAGCCUCCUAGAGAGGGCAGAUCCGCGGUUUGUUUGGAAUGGGCAUCUUCUGAGAGAAUUUGCUGCUCAACCUGAGAUCCAUAGGUUUGCUACACCAGUGAUGCAUGGAUUCAUCACUAUGCACUCUUGUUCUAUUAAUGGAAAGUGUUUUGACUGGCUGCUUGUUUCCAGAAGAAGCUGUUUCAGGGCUGGUGUACGUUACUAUGUAAGAGGUAUUGAUUCAGAAGGACAUGCAGCUAACUUUGUGGAAACAGAACAAAUAGUGCAUUACAAGGGGAGCAAAGCCUCAUUUGUUCAGACCCGUGGAUCAAUUCCCUUUUUCUGGUCUCAGAGACCAAACCUCAAGUACAAACCAAAGCCACAGAUCAGCAAGUCUGUUAAUCAUAUGGAUGGUUUCCAAAGACAUUUUGACUCGCAAAUAAUUAGUUAUGGGAAACAAGUGAUUGUUAAUUUGGUCAAUCAAAAGGGUUCAGAGAAGCCUCUUGAGCAAACAUUUGCAAAAAUGGUGAACAGCAUGGCAAAUGGCAUGGUCAGGUAUAUAGCAUUUGACUUCCAUAAAGAGUGCAGUCGAAUGAGGUGGGAUCGACUUCAGAUUUUGAUGGAUCAAUUGGCAGAGCAGCAAGAUGAAUUUAGUUAUUUUCUAGUUGAUUCCGAUGGUAAAACUGUGACUCAGCAGGAAGGGAUAUUCCGUAGCAACUGCAUGGACUGUCUGGAUCGGACUAAUGUGAUUCAGAGCUUGUUAGCGCGGCGCUCCCUUCAAGCCCAGCUUCAGAGACUAGGUGUUCUGCAUGUUGGACAGAGGAUUGAAGAGCAAGCAGACUUUGAGAAAAUCUACAAAAAUGCAUGGGCUGAUAAUGCUAAUGCUUGUGCCAAACAAUAUGCUGGAACUGGUGCCUUAAAGACAGACUACACAAGAACUGGGAAAAGGACUCAGUGGGGCUUAAUUAUGGAUGGCUGGAACUCGUUAAUACGUUACUACAAAAAUAACUUUUCUGAUGGAUUUAGACAAGAUGCUAUUGAUCUCUUUCUUGGUAAUUAUUCAGUGGAUGAAGUAGAACCUGCUAGUCCUCUACAUGUCAAGAAAGAUUGGAAGUUCUUAGCUUUGCCUAUUAUUAUGGUGGUUGCUUUCUCUAUGUGCAUUAUCUGUUUGCUAAUGGCUGGUGAUACAUGGACUGAGACACUGGCCUACGUGCUGUUCUGGGGAAGUGCAAGCUUUGGAACUUUUGCCAUCAUCCUCUACAACGGCAAGGAUUUUGUAGAUGCCCCACACCGGAUCGUGGUCUUUUUAACAUUCAUCCUUGACAGCACGGAGAGAAAGUAAACGGUUGUCUCUGGUGGUGGCAGCUUUCAGCUGAGAUCUGAUUCUACCAUCUYGGUUGCAAUGGUCUCGGGAAUAUUGCAUUAGUGGAGAAGGCUCCACCCUCACCAGGAUAAUUCAAAGAUAAAARCCAACUCCUAUAGCUGGGGUAUAAGAUAGAAACGGGCUGGGUAAGUUCACAGGCCGCUUAGGUAGCUUCAGCUAAUUCCGGAUCUCUGGCAGAAUCGGGGUUUUUCCCUGUUAAUGUUACCCAGACRUUGAAAUACUAGUAGAAGAGGGGUCUAAUCAUGUUCUCUGGGCAAAUAUGGCUUCCUACCAAUAACAUGUUCUUAGAUUUACAGCUGGAUUAUAUUUGUUGUAAKUAAAGUCCAUGUUAAAGAGUCCUUUGUGCAUAUUUAUGUAUUUUUCACUAAAUAUAAAGGAUGGCAAAUCCUAACGCUUCUCCUCUAAAGUGAACCUYGAGUCCUGUCUUACCUAGGACUGAUGCAAUAUUCUACUAAUCAUUGUGUGGGUGGAAGGGCAGUGUGUUUGGAUGCUUCUGAAGUUGUGAAAUGUCUUGCACUGUUUCAAUACUGCAGUCUUUAGAUGACGAUUCAUUAGUUAGCAAGUUAAGGUAGAGAAUCUUCCUUCUAAAGAUGUAAGUGAAAUCAAAGAAUGUAAACUCCUGGGCAGUGUUUCUUGAACCUCUUUAUACUAAUGGUCCAAAGUACACCGCUGUUUUAAGACCAGGCACAAGGUAAAAGGUGAACUUCAUCAUUGUUUUGCUAGUCAGCUGCUUCUGUAUUUUUGGUUCUGUUGAAAUAAUUUAUGGAAGAAGGAGUAGCAACCUGAGGAGAAGGUGUUAGGCUGAACUCCACGUUUGCACUUGGGAGCAACAGCUUGCUUUUCAUGCAUGAUGUUGUAACACACUCUCUAAAGAAACAACCAAGCUAAGCUGCAAAAUAAUUUGUGCUGGUUAACAAUAAAUGUCUGUCUCAACUUAGCGCUUCCAAGCUGUAUAAAAAUAAGUAAACCUAAUCAAGGACCAGUCUUAAACUACUCUGUCACUUACGGUUUUUGAAAACCAGACAUGAAACUUGCUUUACGGCGCUGUGCAUUGUUUAAUAUUUCCUGUAAGUACAGCUGUAUAUUCAGAUUGCAGUUAUAAAUUUAAAUGGGGAGAAGGGAGAAACAUGUAGAAUAUUAGGGCUAGCAGAGUUUCACUAGUGAAGCUAGAACACACAACACUGGUGCUUCAGUGUUUCCCUGUGUUAUGACUGAAAAUAUGUACAGAUUUUGGCAAUUGUUAACUGUUCAUUUAAUCUUGAAUGUUUCUGGAGGCCUCUCUGGGUUUUGUUUAAAUGUAAUCUGUUCAUAAGCACUAGUAAUUGCAAAGUAUCUGUUUGCUUUUUAGAUGCUGUAAUGGAGAAAAAAAAAACAGUUGAAACUGUUAACUGGAAAAAUCCUCUAACUUAAAUUUCAGACAUAAAUUCAUGAUGGACAUAAAGUACAAGAACAUCAUAGGCUAAAUCUCUAAAAGUACUGGGUUUGUGGGGCUCGUGGGCAGGUGGCAUUCGACACGGUUUGGCUGUCUUGCUGUCUAUAACUUCA